AUGGCCCAGCAGCAGAUGAGCAGCUCGCAGAAGGCGCUGAUGCUGGAGCUCAAGUCGCUGCAGGAGGAGCCCGUCGAGGGCUUCCGCAUCACGCUCGUCGACGAGUCCGACCUCUACAACUGGGAGGUGGCGAUCUUCGGGCCCCCCAACACGCUCUACGAGGGCGGCUACUUCAAGGCUCACAUUAAAUUUCCUAUUGACUAUCCAUACUCACCACCUACCUUCAGAUUCCUGACCAAAAUGUGGCAUCCCAACAUUUAUGAGAAUGGAGAUGUAUGUAUUUCAAUUCUUCACCCACCUGUAGAUGACCCACAAAGUGGAGAGCUGCCAUCCGAGAGGUGGAACCCUACCCAAAACGUCAGGACUAUCUUACUGAGCGUAAUCUCCUUGCUUAAUGAGCCCAACACGUUCUCUCCUGCCAAUGUGGAUGCAUCAGUCAUGUUCAGGAAAUGGAGGGACAGUAAAGGAAAAGACAAGGAGUAUGCUGAAAUCAUUAGGAAACAGGUCUUGGCGACUAAAGCCGAGGCGGAGAAGGAUGGCGUGAAGGUCCCCACUACGCUGGCAGAGUACUGCAUCAAAACUAAAGUGCCUUCCAACGACAACAGUUCGGAUUUGCUUUACGACGACUUGUACGACGACGACAUCGACGACGAAGACGAGGAGGAGGAGGACGCCGACUGUUACGACGAUGACGAUUCCGGCAACGAGGAGUCGUGACCUGCUCCCUCCAUGCCCCUGUACUGCCCUGCCGACUCAGGCCAGAAGGGAGCAGCGGUAACAUAGCAGCAGUCCAGCAAAAAAGUGUGGGGGGGGGAUCAACAAACUCUUGUCUCCUGCUGUCUCCUGUUGUAUGGAUCUGUUUGCUCCUUUUUUAUGGACCUCUUAGAGACCCUCCACAGAAUGUCUGAAUUCUUGCAUUCUUUGCCCUUUCAUCACUGUAUUAUGAUUUCUUUUUAAAAAAGAAACUCCCCUUUUCACUUCUCUACGAACCGCUCACAGCGAAACAGGUUUGCUCGCGUUUAGAUUCUUUUUUUUUUUUUUUUGGAAUUAAAUACAGUCUUGCAUUGAGAUGUUUAAUGUAUUUAAAGCUGGAACAAACCCAUUGGAAGCUGGGGUUUUUUAGGAGCUCAAGUGCUGCAUUUGCUGGGAAGACAAAAAAAAUCCACACAAAGCAAAUUGCCAAGGUUUAGCUGCUCCAUUUACAAUAAUAGCGUGUGUACAUUCGUUUAGCCUUGUGGUGGUGGCUUUUCCUUUUCAAGGUGUGGGGCGGAGAGUGUAAAGCUACUGUGUGUUGAGCUUGGUGGGAUGUUUCCGAAAGGUACAGUAUUCCUUUUCAGCCUGCUCAGGGUAGGAAGGAGGCGGCCCUGGGAGCCUCGGAGGGCACAAUCAGCUUUGGCUUUGGAAAAGGCUUGUGAUAUGAACCCUGAAAUAAACACUUAACUCUUCACAUCUGUACAACUGAGCCCUCGGUUGCUAUUUAUUUUUUGAUU